GUUUGAUUGACAGGGUCUUUUCAUUGGGCACGUUUUACCCCUGUGAUAGUCGGAUACCCAUCUGACAUCGUCAUUGUUGCCCCCAGAUAUCAAAACUACCCAGGCGGUGCAAAUAGAAGGAACCAAGAACCCGAAUACGUGAAUUGGCACUAGUCUUUGUUAUUCGUUAUUUGUUGCUGUCACAUUCUCAUGAAUUUCAAUCCAGUCCACAUAAAUAUCUGUGUCCGUACUGCAAUUCGUACGAUAGAGACAUAAUCAUUGUCAAUCAAUCGAGAGAGAUUGAUAAGAACCACCCCGAUAUUGUAUCAAAGCAAGCAGAUCACCAAGCGCUGUCUGCCAGGAAUUACAAUCAUCUCGUACUUUCACUGCUGUACGUGAACAAUUCUUGAACCUCUCUCGCACUCUUCCUCGAAGAACUCCUCCACACGAUGUCACCGCUGCGAUUAACGAUCGAGAAUGGCCUCUUCCGCGAUUCCCAUGGCCGCGAAGUUACUCUUCGUGGAAUAAAUCUUGCUGGGGACGCCAAGUAUCCUAGCAAUCCGAACCAACCCUCGCAUAUUUCAAUGGACUUCUUCGACGGAGAUCAUGUCAACUUCCAUACUCGCCCAUUCUCUCCAGAAGAUGCACAUGUUCAUUUCGCACGGUUAAAACGUUGGGGCUACAGCACGAUACGAUAUGUUUUUACAUGGGAGGCAAUAGAAUCCGCAGGGCCAGGCAUAUAUGAUGAAAAAUGGAUUCAGCAUACCAUUGAAAUUCUGCGACUAGCAAAAAGUUAUGGUUUCUAUAUUUUUAUGGACCCCCAUCAAGAUGUCUGGUCGAGAUUUUCAGGUGGAUCAGGAGCUCCAAUGUGGACUCUCUAUGCUUGCGGACUUGAUCCUAAAAAGUUCGCUGUGACAGAAGCGGCAGUCGUACACAAUACAUACCCUGACCCCGAGAACUUUCCCAAAAUGAUUUGGUCUACGAAUUAUACACGUUUAGCCUGUCAAACGAUAUUUACAUUUUUCUUUGCUGGUCGGGACUUUGCACCUAAAUGUAUUAUUGAUGGUAAGAACAUACAGGAUUACCUCCAAGACCACUUCGUAAAUGCUUGCGCCCACCUUGCAAUGCGGAUUCAUGAAGCAGGAGAUCUCGAAAAUGAAGUGGUAAUUGGCUGGGAAAGCAUGAAUGAGCCCAACCGGGGCUUUGCGGGUUGGGCAGAUUUAUCCACCAUUCCAAGUGAACAGAAGCUGCAGAAAGGAACAUCUCCGACUGCAUUUCAAGCCAUGUUGACUGGGUCAGGAAGAGCAUGUGAAAUAGCUACAUGGGAUUUUGGGGGAAUGGGACCAUACAAAUCGGGCUCGACUUAUGUUGAUCCCCAAGGAGAGACAACAUGGUUAUCAGCAGAUUAUGAUGAAUCAAGAUAUGGCUACAAACGAGACCCGGGGUGGAAGCUGGGAGAGUGUAUCUGGGCUCAACACGGCGUAUGGGAUCCAUCAACAGAUACUUUGCUGAAGAAAGAUUAUUUUAAGAAGAAUCCUCGAACUGGGCAAGAACUUAGUUAUGAAGAGUUUACAAACUCGUACUUCAUGGAUUACUAUCGCAAACACCGGGACGCUAUCAGAGCUCAUCAUAAAGACUCAAUCUUGUUUUGUCAGCCACCGGUAUUGGAAAUUCCCCCGUCAAUCAAAGGUACUAAAGACGAUGAUCCUCUUAUGGUCUAUGCGCCUCAUUACUAUGAUGGAGUCACGCUCAUGACCAAAAAGUGGAAUCGUCACUGGAACGUUGAUGUUUUUGGCAUCCUGCGAGGUCGAUAUUGGACACCGGCCUUAGCUAUAAAGAUUGGAGAGUCAGCAAUUAGGAAUUGUUUCAAAGAUCAGCUUGCGGCGAUCAAGAAAGAGGGUGAAGACUAUAUGGGAAAUCAUCCAUGUGUUUUGACAGAAUUUGGUAUUCCUUAUGACAUGGAUGAUAAGUAUGCUUACAAAACUGGCGAUUAUUCUAGUCAAUCAGGUGCAAUGGAUGCAAAUCACUUUGCCGUAGAAGGAAGUGCUAUGGCUGGUUAUACUCUUUGGCUUUAUAUGUGCGAGAAUAAACAUUCUCUCGGCGACCAAUGGAAUGGCGAGGACCUUUCAAUCUUUUCCUUGGAUGAUUUACCACUACCACUUGAAGCCAACCCUCCAACACCUAGCGAUUCAAGCACAUCGCUAGUAGACCACACAGCUGGACCCAAUACCAAAAAACAAAACUCAGACGAGUCAACUGUCAAUCCAGGUAAUUUAAAAGCAACAUUGAAAACUCCCUCAAUUUUGUCGAAGCAAACUGAUAGCCCUCCUGAACUCACCAAUUCCCCUGGUUACCGAGCCGCCGAAGCCUAUAUCCGUCCGUCCCCCAUCGCAACAGUCGGUAAGGUCUUGAAUUACGGAUUCGAUCUUCGAAAGUGUACGUUCACAUUGCGACUUCAUGCCGGCGAAGCAACAUCCGAAGAUACGCCCACCGAGGUCUUCCUUCCCGAAUUCCAUUUCCCGAAAGAUAAAUGCGAUGUUCAAGUUAGCGCGGGGAAGUGGACGAUUAGUACGGAUGAUGCGGAUGGAGGGUUGAUUCAGAGACUUAGAUGGUGGCAUGCGGAAGGUGAACAUUCUAUUAAAGUCACGGGAGUUAUAAGUAAACAGAAUGUCAAUACGGGCGAAGAAGACGAUGAGGGCUAUUAUAAAAACAUGCUCGGUUUUGCAAAGUCUUGCACGUUGAUGUAAUGAAUGGUAUUAAAUGAAAUAUAUAUAUAUUGGGGAUUUGAGCAUGGUUUGGUGUUCGGAGCAUGAUUUACAGGUUAUCGAUUGAGGACUGUUGGGAUGGAUGGGUAUUGGUUCUGAAUAGUUGGAUCUAGUUUCAUAGCGUGAAGAUUCGAGAUGUGAGAUUCGAGACGUUCGUCUGUUGAAUAUCAGCUUGUUGGGAGAUGAGAUUUGUAUAAACUUUUUAUGAUUUAUUGGGAAGUGUGUGUGCGGUGUGUAUGCGUGUGUGUGUAUGUGCAUGUGGAAGAUAUAGAUUGUAAAGGACUUGUGAUUUGGCGGAUGGGCGAUUGAGCAGAUGGGAUGGGAGUCAGUGGAGGGGAGGGCGGAUUAGAUGAGGUGGGAUGACGAAAGGGGUAAGUCCUAAUAAGUCAUGAUCUGAUAUUUUUUGAAGAAUUUUGAGUGUGAAUUGAGUGAGUGAGUGAUAGAUGGCUUGGUUGAUAGAUGGAUGGAUAAUCA